CAAACCCUAGCCCUAAACAUUGAUUUCUCCCCGCUCGACCUCUCUAUUCCUCCCAAUCGCGACAAUGUCUCAUUUCGGAAGGUCAGGUCCUCCCGAUAUCACCGAUACGUACUCUCUUCUCGUCCUCAACAUCACCUUCCGCACGACUGCUGAUGAUUUGUUUCCACUCUUCGACAAGUACGGGAAGGUCGUCGACAUCUUCAUUCCCAAAGAUCGAAGGACUGGUGAUUCACGCGGCUUUGCAUUUGUGCGCUAUAAGUAUGCCGAUGAAGCUCAGAAAGCUGUAGAUAGGCUAGAUGGGAGAGUUGUUGAUGGUCGGGAGAUAACUGUUCAGUUUGCAAAAUAUGGCCCUAAUGCAGAGAGGAUUCAGAAAGGAAGGAUUAUUGAAUCAUUUCCAAGGUCAAGAAGCCGAAGUCCUCGAAGAAGGCACCGGGACGACCAUUACAAAGAUAGGGAUUAUAGAAGAAGAAGCCGAAGUAGAAGUUAUGACAGAUAUGAACGUGAUCGAUAUCGUGGGAAAGACAGAGACUCUCAGCGCCGAAGCAGGAGCCGUAGUGCUAGUCCUGUCCGUUCAAAAGGCCGGGGAAGAGAUCGUUAUGAUGAAGAUCGGCGAAAUAGCAGUCGAUCAAGGAGUGUUUCUCCUGAUCGCCACAGUCCUAGUCCUCAGAAGAGUCCUUCCCUACAUAAGGCAUCUUCCCCUAGGGGUGAAAGUCCUGAUAGACGGAGCCGUGAUGGGCGUUCUCCAAGUCCUCGAAGUGUUUCACCACGAGGUCGUCGUGCUGAUUCUCGGAGCCCGUCUUCUUGAAACACAGAUUGAUGAAUGAUCUUUGCAGAUGGCAUUGGAAUUCCUGGAAACUUGACGUAGAAUGUUUCCUGUUGCUAUUUUGUUAAUGUUGAGGACGUUCAAAUAUCAUUUGUUCUUGUAUUGGUAGGACUUUUUUGUUAUAAUUUUCUGUCCUGAACCUUUUGUCACUAUUACCUAAGUAAGCUUUGUCAUGGUAUUUGACGUUAUGUAGUUUGUUGCUUGAUGUUUCAGUACACAUCAAUGAUUCUGUGGUGCGAGUAUGUUUUCAUAUUUUGCUCCCUCUA